UGUGUCGCUUAUUUAACGAUUGGAGGCUGUGCGUGGUAGGCGGAUCUCUGCUACCCGAUGCUACAGCCCACUUUCAAAUCCUGGUAGCAAACAUAUUACUUGUAUCUGUCGAAAGACAAUUAGCGAGAAAUCGAGGCAGAACUAAAAGAGAAGUGCUCGUUUUCUGCAGUGCAGGCAAGUGGUACCCAAGAGGAAAGAAACUGGGAGAGAAGGAAAGAAGAAAAGAAGGUAGCUUGAACUCUGCAUGUACUCGCUACUGAAGGAAUUAAUACGGGUCCACCGUGGCAGUGUGGCACAAUUUCUCGUGACUGAUCUUUGAAGGACCGCUGAGAGGAUCUUGCGCAAAGCGCUCGCACACACACACACACCCACACAUACACACGCACACACACACACACAAACACACACACACACACACACACACGCACACACACACUGUAUUUGGAUAAUUGCUGCUGAAAGCAUGGAGCCUGUGCAGUCCGAGAUGAGUAUCAUUCCUAAUGGGAAGGGGCACGACGUGGAGGACAACGCCGUGUCCAUGAAAACGCUGCCAGAAGACGCAGACCAAAAUUGUACCCAAAAUGUCAGUCCUAGCAGAUUGGAGGGUGCAGAGCAAAAUUUGGUGGAAAGUCAGGAGUUUCUGUCUACCAUGGACAACAAGAAUCCCGUGGGCUUUACUGAUUUUGAGGGAAAGACAUCCUUUGGAAUGUCAGUGUUCAACCUGGGAAAUGCCAUCAUGGGCAGUGGAAUUCUGGGAUUGGCAUAUGCCAUGGCCAACACUGGCAUCAUCCUCUUCCUGUUCCUCCUCACUGUGGUGGCUGGCCUCUCAUCCUACUCUAUUCAUCUGCUGCUCAAGUCCUCAGGAAUUGUGGGUAUUCGGGCGUAUGAGCAGUUGGGUUACAGGGCCUUUGGUGUGCCAGGCAAGAUGGCUGCUGGGAUUGCCAUCACCCUGCAAAACAUUGGAGCCAUGUCCAGCUACCUGUACAUUGUGAAGUAUGAGUUUCCCUUGGUCAUCCAGGCCUUUCUGGGGGUUAACACCUCAUCCAGUGACUGGUACUUGAAUGGUAAUUACCUGGUCGUCAUAGUGUCCGUCUGCAUCAUCCUGCCCCUGGCCUUUAUGAAGCAGCUGGGUUACCUGGGCUACACUAGUGGCUUCUCCCUCAGCUGCAUGGUCUUCUUCCUCAUUGCGGUGAUCUAUAAGAAGUUCCAUGUCCCCUGCCCUUUCCAAGACUUCUCCUUCAAUGCCACGAUGGGUCUGAACGCCAGCCUAGCAACUCACCCCUCCCAGGAUGCGGACAACUCAGACUGCGCCCCGAAAAUGUUCACCAUGAACUCACAGACAGCGUACACUAUCCCCAUCUUGGCUUUUGCCUUCGUGUGCCACCCUGAAGUCCUGCCUAUCUACACUGAAUUGCGAAACCCCACCAAGAGGAGGAUGCAGCAUGUCGCCAACAUCUCCAUCGCAGUCAUGUACACUAUGUACUUCCUGGCCGCUCUGUUUGGAUACCUGACGUUCUAUGGUAAGGUGGAGGCAGAGCUGCUGCACACCUACAGCCGGAUUGACCCGUACGACACGCUGAUCCUGUGUGUGCGUCUGGCUGUGCUCACGGCUGUCACUCUUACCGUGCCCAUCGUCCUCUUCCCGGUGCGACGAGCGCUCCAGCAGAUGCUUUUUCCCAAUAAGACCUUCAACUGGGUGCGUCACGUCAUCAUCGCCAUGUUCCUCAUCACCCUCAUCAACCUGCUGGUCAUCUUCGCCCCAAACAUCCUGGGCAUCUUCGGGAUCAUAGGCGCCACAUCGGCUCCCUGCCUCAUCUUCAUCUUCCCAGCGGUCUUUUAUAUCCGCAUCGUACCUAAGGAGGAGGAGCCCAUGUCCUCCACGCCCAAAAUCCUGGCCUCCUGCUUCGCCUGCCUCGGGUUCCUGUUCAUGAUCAUGAGCCUCAGCUUCAUCUUCAUUGAUUGGAUGUCAGGGGGCAAAUCUAGCAAUGGCCAUUAGGCUCCGCCCACCUGCAGGCUUUUCUCCACUUUUAGAAUCAUACUUUUUUCUUGUUUUUAUUAUAAUGGAUGCACUAUCUCUUCAGAUGGAAAGUACAGGCCAAGACACUUUAAGGUAUACCAAACCCUCAGAUAAUGUCUCUAACUGAAGUGUGACUAUUCAGGGAAAAGUCUAGCCAGGCUAGACACAACAGGGUCCGUAUAUUUAAAUUUUUCAGCCCCUGAGCCACACAAAACCGAUCUGCCUGACAGAUCACAGGCAUUGUUUUCACCUGUCAGGAUCAACAUAUUCAUGAGGAAGGGCAGAUACUAUAGUAGUCUGUCACACCAAGGACAGUGGGAUAUUCAGGAUUGGUGGGGUGGGCAGCAUUGCGAAGGGCAGUUCUGUUUUUGUUUUUAACUUGCAGAUUCAGGGUUAGUAGACAGUGCUGAGUGACUGCUGGAGUUGAGUUAAAUCACAAAGAUUUUAACAACAGUUCUCAGCACUCUAAGGCCUUCUAACUGCAUAAUCACUAGAAAUGCUUAUCACGUUUGUCUGAAUGCAGACAAAUGCAUUGUCAAGCCAUAUUAAGUGAUGUGAAAAAUUGUUUUUUACAUAUUCAUUUUUUCAUGAGGAAAAAAUGGUGUUAAUGCAUGUGUUGAAACUGUUCUUUUGCUGCUAAGCAAUUCUAAGAGUCUGAUUUGUAUAGCGCCUUUGAUCCCUUGUUAACGAUCGGAGAGCGCUUUGCAGUGAUUGGUUAACUCACCUCAACCGCCUGCAGUGUGCACUGUCCUCCAGGAUGCGCGGCCAGCCAUUUUCACACCGGAACUGUGGUCGUCAUGGCAAAGUUUUGCACGGUAAGCAGUGAAAGGAAGCGCGCUCCGUGGGUUUGAGGAUCACGGGACCUGUGGGUGGCGAUGCACACGUACCAAAGUUUUGCUUUUCCAGACACUGGGCAGACACAUGGUGGCCCGUCAAUCUUUCAGGAAUAAGAGGUAGUGCAUCCUAACAAAAUCCGAGCGGACAUAGAAACUUGGCUUGGCUUGUUGAAACCCCUCCUCCCCACCUGUCUCCCUGCUCCUCUACCUUCUCCCCUUAUACUUAACCUUUGACCUCACAAACUACAGCCAGUACAACAGGAGCCAUUUUUGAGCCCGUGUUGGUUAUGAUAACAAGGGAGCUUACACUACGUGUGGAGGGGAAGAGCAGAGCAUUAUGUAGUAUUUUUCAUAAAUAAAAAUAAGUUAUUUUCUCAUUAAGACUGGGGAAUACACAGUGCAAUAGCUGAGGUAAAUCAGGUAGUGGAAGCUAUUGGACAGGAGUGGUCACAAUGGCCAUGCUGCCAGGGGAGCAUUCCACUCCCCAAAUUGUUGGUCUCCAUCUCAGCUCUCAUUGUAAACACUGCCCCCUCCUCCCACGUGUCUGUAAGAAAGAACCUUAUAUGUUUUGAUUAUAAGAUUACUACAGAUUUUAAUAUAUGUAUUAGAACUUUUUUUGACAGUUUUUCCAUACCGGUCUGCCAUUGAGUACCAGAGUCACUGAGUGUCUGUCUGGUCGUUACUGCUACAGAAAUAUUGCAUCAGAGUAGUUUUCACACAGAGGCUUCCAGAACAUUCCUGUUGUAACCAGGUCUGUGAGCUCAUUUCCUGGGAACAGGCACAUGGGACAGGCAGGUCCUGAAUCACCUUACAGGUGACCUUAGCCCAGAGCUGUCACAAGUAAUUAUAGAUAACCAAAAUAUAUACAUAUAAAAUAAUUCUAUAAUAAUAAGCACAAAAGACUACGUGCACAAGGAGAUUUGGGGAUGAUAGGUGUAAAUAUUGUGAUGCUGGGAAGCGUUUAUGUUGAAGACAAGUUCUUUCUUGGAGGUUUAGUCGUACUGGUACAGAAGAUGCACCAUGCUGUGCACGUGUCUUUGCUGAACCAGUGUCAUUUUAACAUUCCUGCAACGUAGGUGAUUAGCUAGAGCACUUUCAGCUGAAAAGCACAGCUUACAUUUAAUUAAUCAAUUGACAGAUUAUAUUUGUACAUGAAUAAUAAUUUUGUGUUUUUCUUUUGUUUUUUUAAAAAAUAGAUGUACAUUUAAACUGUCGGUCUUUGUAAUACUAAUCUUGAACCAUUCAAAAAUGAAAUGGUUAAUUGUUGAACAAAGUGAUAUGUAUACUAAUUUAAAAUGUAAUGGUUUUAAGGUCAUAGUGUAAAACAGUACCAUGCAUUUUCAAAUGUAUUUUCAAAAUACUUUAUCUGCCAUCUGUUCAAAAAUCUGUUUCUUUUUUUUUGUGUGAGUACAGUUGGAGAUAAAUGUGGUUCAUUUGAUGAGUGUAUUUUAAUGGAUUGUAUCUGUGCUUGUAUUUAAAGAAAGCAUUCUGUGGUUUUUGCAAUAGUAGAACUUCUAUAUUGUGAAGCCAUCAAUGAACUGUGGUGAAUGUCUUUUAUCUCUGUAAGGAUUAGAUUUUCAAAGCAGAAUUUUCUAAAUGAAUUAGCACUUAUCAGUAAGUAUCAGUACUUCUGCCUGGUCUCAUAUUUUGGUCAUUCUUUGCUGUUUUUGGUCGCAUUCAUUGUAAAAUUCUGGGUGUUAAAAUCAAAUUCAGUAGGUAACCUUUCUUUAAUGAAGAAGGAACUGUCAGAAAAUGUGAUUUUGUGUCCCUUUCCUGGAUUCACAAAGGUUUUCUGAAGGCGCACCAUCUUCCACCCAAGCUAGAAAGCAAAAUAACCCCAUGACCCUUAACAACGACUUAAAUAAGCACAUUUAUAAUAAUAAUAAUAAUAAUAAUAAUAAUAAUAAUAAAGCAUCUGUUAGGGGUGCACUGAUCUGUUUAUGGCAAGGCCUGGAAUGGUGCAUGCUAUGCUACUUUCAUUUCAUAACUGAUGGAAACGCUCCUGGUUAUCAUUUUCAGUAUUAUUAUUACUAUCAUUAUUGGGAGGAAGCUCUUGUUCAUAGUGCACUGGAUUCUCCUUUAUAGGAUGUCAUUGUUUUUAUAAGCUACCAUGUGCCUAAAAGUGGUGGAAACCCUUGUGAAUCCAUCUUGUUCUGAACCCGGACUGAUGUUAUUUUUAGACUGAUGUGCCAUGCCAUCUUGUGGCCCUUUAAACCCCUAACAUAGAAGUAACACCCCCAGCUGUGUAAGUGACAGUCUCGUUCUUGGUUUUCUACAUAGACUUGUUCUCUGGAGAUUUGUGAUGAAUUUCUGUUUCCCAAACUACAGUGGGUGCUAUAAUAUUAUAUGUAAGUGUUGCAUAAUCUUUUUUGUCAAACUGAAUGGUUUUGAAGCACAACCUCCAUGGUCACUGAAGUCCUUGAACAGUACUUCCUCUCAUUCCUCUCUCAGUAUCUUGUACACUGUUGGUGUAUUAGUCACUGUCUGUCUUUGGAUGCCAUGCCCUAUUUAAUAAUGCAAUAGUUUGAUAACCUGCAUUUACAUUUUAAAAUUGGAAAUAGGAUGUUAAAACAUUACAAGUUUGCACAUUCAUUUAAGAAGUGCAGUCCCAAACUGCAUAUUUUAGUAAUCUGAGAAAAAAAAAUAUUUGAAUGCAGAAGGUAUAUCCAAAAAGGAUAGUAUUAUGGACACUUUUAUAAUAAUGCCUUUAAUUUUUAAUUAUCAUAUUUAGCCACAAACAUCAUAUUUAGCCACAAACAUGGAGCAUUUAAUAAACAUGUUUCAUCUGCCUAUUGUGUUUAAUUUAUUUUUGCUCCAGUGGAUGCUUUCCAGUUUGGCUUGUUUGAGGGUGGUAAACAAUCUUUUCCAUUUCAGUCCGCGAUUAAUUUUUGACACCUAGCAACUUAAUUAAAAUUGAAUCAAAGUGCAAUAAACAAGAAAGGUUGGUUUAAACUCUAAUGGUGACAACUUGCUAACCUUAUAAUAUAUUGUAGUGUGUAGCACAUACUGAACUCCGUGCUGAAGUUAAGCAUUAGUCACCAUAAGCUGUAUACUGUAGCCAUUGGUUCCAUUAGCAUUUACUUUUAUAUUCCCUUUCUAGCCAUGUGGAAUACUUGGCCCAACCUUGAUAUUCAGCUCAUCUACUGUUGAUACUUUCUGGGUCUAACACCAAUACACCCCAACCCUAUCAUCACUGACCAAGAAGGUGAAACUCUAAACCACUCCAACCAUUGUUUUUUGGAAACUUUUGGCCCAAAAAUCACACCUGAGCAGUAGGGGGCGGCAUCCGUAAACUGUUCUCUGUUAUUGCCAUGCUUGUCUGGUAAUUGGUUCUUUGCCCUCAGUUUAUAUUUUUUCCCUUUGUGAUUUACUUAACAAAAUGACAAUAAGUAAACUAACUUGUGUGAAUUUUGGACUUACAUGGCAGCAUGUAUAAAUGUAUAUAAAUGUAAACCCUUUAUAUUCUCUUGAUGCAUAUCUAACUGUGUAAAUAGCCUGGGAUAGAUUUAGUUUGACAAUAAAAAAACACUAAGUAAAAAAAUGAUUAAAAACCAAAUGUAAUCAUUUUUUAAAGUAUAAAAAUAGUUAUACUUUUAUGUUUUCCCUGUUUAUUGAAAUACCAGCAGUUACUGUACUGUGAACAAUGUUGCAAUAAAGAAAAAAAAAAAAAAAGAAAAAAAAA